AUGUCCACCGGGGCAGCAACCCAAUACCACCAGGUCACGACUGAGCCUGAGCCCAAUGCCACAACGGCGUCUGAACCAAAUGUCCCAGCUGUGCCUGAGCCCCAUCUCACAACUUCCGCUAAGUCCAAUGGCACUGUCGAGGUGCCCGAAGCGCCAAAGGUGCCCGAGAUCACGGUCGACAAAGCCCCUUCGACACACGAGUCCAUUCCUCCCGCAGGACAACUGCUGACGGGCAAGCAAGAACAUUACUUGAAACGAGAACUUAUUGCGACACAAGUCCAUGCCGAAAUUCAAGAAUUAAACAAUCCUACCGCUCUCCAGCGCUUCGGCGCUCCCUUUCGAUCAGAAUAUGGCGAAGUCUCUCCUAUGGACUCGGAAUUACCUAUCCUCCGCUUCAUUUUUGUCAAUCACGUCCGAAACUUCCCCUUCCUCGACAAGGCGAAAGAGAAGGAGUUCUGGCAGGACAAAGUCCAGGUGUUCUUGGAAUCAUUUGCGAGCAAAUAUAUCUCAUCCUCGGAAGACCGCCUGGAGGAGACGAAACGACGCAAGCUGGCGAAGAAAUGUGAGAAGCUGGUUGAGCUGAUGAUGGUUUCGGGUAUCCCAACGGCCUCGGGCUACGAAGAAAGAAUCCGCUUCGCUGAAAUGGAAGUGGUGGAUCGAGGAGCCAACGAGCAAGGUCUGUUGGUCAACAUACCAGAAGGCAACUUCAUUCAUGGCUGGGAUGUCAAUGUUGCCGGUGUUAGGUUCACCUCGGUCAAGCGCACCGUUCGGUACCAUAAACAUGCAGAGUUCCUGAUCCGCGUCAAGCGACCUAAUCAACCCGAGAUCUACGUCGGAAGGAGAUAUGGCCAGUUUGCAAGACUACACAAGAGACUGCGUACGGAGAUGCCUGGUAAGGUUCUUCCACCGCUUCCUCGAAAGAACAAGUCCUCCACCAUCUCUUCGGUCAUGCCUGCGGGUGACGAUGACGCAUCGUCUGUGUCGUCGGCGUCCACCAUGGCCAGUGUACAGGAAGACGCAAGCUCAAUGAGGAAUCUAAUUCCUGGCCAUCGACGAGGCAAAUCCAGCGUUUCACUGAGUGCCAGUCCCAGCGGGAAUUCGCCCAGAAGUCGGACAUCACCUCGUGCCAGUAUAUCGAGAGACAGAAGUGUCAGUCCGAAUUUAGUUCGUCUUCAUCGUGAAGAUCAGCGGGUCUCACUUAGAGCAUUCUUACGGACUCUCCUGCAGAACCCUCAGAUCGCCGAGUCAAGAGCCAUGACCGAGUUCCUUACUAUGCAGCCGGUGACUGUGAACGAGGAAGAACUCGAGGACAUUGAACGCCGAAAAGAGAUGGAUGCACGGCGCUUGGAGGAGCAGAAGAAAUUCUACGAGAUUGCCCGGCAAAGAGCCGCAGAGCUCGACAUUUACAUGGAGCAAUUUCGCCGGGACAUUGUCGAGAGCAACGGUCUCACGAAGUUGUUUGCUGAGAUCCGGAACAAGAACAAGCUUGAUGAUCUCAGCCCUGAAUACCGCAAGUUCGCUGAAUGGUUACGAAUCGAAGUGGCCGCUACAAUCUACCAUCUAUUUCUUGCCGAGGAUAAUUCGCCCGAGUUGUUCGCACAAGCCAAGCGCAUCCACUCCUUGGUGCCGUAUAGUAUGCUAAAGAAUGUUAUCCGGAUCGCCAACCCCGCUGCAGUCAUGUCGGGAGUGCUAGAUCUGUUUCUGGCACAGCCUUUCGGGGCACGGUCACUGCUACAACGCAUUUUUGCCCUGACCCUUGCGGACGGUAUCAGACAGUUUCAAAAGUCGAUCGACGAUUUGGUGCUGAAGAUUGGCGAUCCCAUCUUGACCAACAAAAUUAAGGCCUUUGUGGACAGUUCCGAGGAGACCAAGACUCUGGUGAGGCAGGAAGCUCAAGCUGAGGACGUCGACGUUGUGGUCGCCAUAUUGCGGUCGGAAAAAUUCCAGCCUGAAUUGAGUCCGGCACAAAUCCAGCGAGUGUUCAAUGCAUGGGUGGCGUGGAACAGUGCUGUCGAAAGUCCGGACGACGAACUCAAGCAAGGAGCCGAGACGUUCUCAUAUCUCAAGCAGCUUCUCAAACUGAUGACCCGGCAGCGUGAUAAAGCAAUGAUGGCUCAAAUGAUCGAAGAACCUACCACGCUACAACUGUUUCGGGACCUGUUUACCAUCUUCUACGAACCAUUGAUUCGGGUGUACAAGUCGGCCAACGUCUACAGCAGUAUCACGGACUUUGCGCAGUUUGCCGACGACAUAAUCAAGACAGUAGAGGUGGCACAGCGGCAGGACGUGUCGUCAGAUCCGAAUCAGACCGUGCAAAGCUUUAUCGACCUAUGUGCUCGGCACGAGCAUAAUCUGUACAAGUUCAUUCACGAAGUUCAUAUCCACGACAAUGGACUGUUCACGGCGUUGAUGGAAUGGAUUGAGGGCAUUCUCGAUUUCCUGAGGAAAGGACCAAAGGGCGGCAAGCUGGACAUGAACGCCAUUUUGCGGGGCGCCCUGGAUAUGGGCGUCGUCGACAAGGAACUCGUGAUUUCGGAAAUCAACUCCCUCAUCAAGUGGCAAGAGGCCCGGAAAAAAUGGCACAACGAUAAGACGAGGCAGAAGAUGGCCGCUGAGGGUACAGGAACCAGCCCGGCGGAGGGUAUGCCUGGCAUGUCGUCGUUCAAGAGCAGUGAUUUCGGGCUUAAUGAGACCGAUCUCAUGGAGCUCCGCAUCUCAGAUGAAGAAGACGACGAGGACACGGACGAGGAAGAGGCCGCGGACGAUCUGGACCCGAUCCAAGCGGAGCGACGACGACGGAAAAAGGCUCAGGACCGACUUCGACGCACCGCAGGCGAGCCGGUCAAGCCUGAAGUGCAGGAGAUUUUGAAGUUGAGAGAACCCUUUCUCGCCAUGUUAAGAGCCGUUUUGAGCGAGUGA